AUGGCGGACGGAAAGCCGACGGAGGUUGACCACACCUCGCUACACCACGACCACCGGUCCAACGAUGUCAACGAUACGGCUCCGAAAGCCUCCAUUGAGGCCCAGGCACAGCGGAGAGGACUGCAGCCACCGCCCAUUGUGGCGGCGAUGAGCCAUGAGUAUCGCGCCGAGCUAGAGAAGAAGCUGAGACGGCGGAUCGACUUGCGCCUGCUUCCGAUGACGGUCAUCUGCUACAUCUUGAACUACAUCGACAGGAACAACAUUGCGGCGGCUCGUUUGGCGGGAUUGGAACGAGACCUCAAGCUGGACCCCGACUCGAACCAAUUUCAGACGGCGGUCAGUAUCUUGUUCGUGGGAUACCUGCUCAUGCAAGUGCCUUCGAACCUCUUCCUGAACAAGAUCGGUAAACCGGCCAUUUACCUUCCCACUUGUAUGGUUGUCUGGGGAAUCAUCUCUGCCGCAACGGCAGCAUGCCACAACUAUGCCGGCCUUCUUGCCGUUCGCUUCCUCUUGGGUUUCGUGGAAGCCGCUUACUUUCCGGGAUGCUUAUACUACCUCAGCUGUUGGUACACGCGUGAAGAGCUGGGUCUGAGAACGACAAUCUUGUACACCGGCUCCCUCAUCUCUGGUGCUUUCUCAGGUCUCAUCUCGGCUGGUAUUACGGGAAAUAUGGAUGGUGCCCGAGGUCUCGGCGCAUGGCAAUGGCUGUUCUUGAUCGAGGGCGUCGUGACUGUUGCCAUUGCAAUCGCCGCAUACUGGGUCCUGCCAAACUUCCCCCGCACAACAUCGUGGUUGAGUGAGGAGGAACAGGCCUUGGCUAUCUGGAGACUCGAGGAGGAUAUUGGCGAGGAUGACUGGACGGGAAGUCAGCAGCAGACCUUCUGGCAUGGAUUCAAGACUGCGCUGGAAGAUGUCAAGACCUGGAUUCUGCUCGUCCUCAUCUUCAGCAUCGUCGCCUCGGCCUCCAUCACCAAUUUCUUCCCCACCGUCGUCGCAACCCUGGGCUACAACAAUGUCAUCUCCCUGCUCCUCACCUGCCCCCCGUACGUCCUCUGCAUCAUCACGACGUCCCUGAACGCGUGGCACGCCGACCGCACCGGCGAGCGCUACUUCCACAUCAUCCUCCCGCUGUGCGUCGCCAUGGUGGCCUUCAUCAUCGGUGCGGCCACCCACGCCACCGCGCCCCGCUACGUCGCCAUGAUGCUCCUCGUGCCGGGCGUCUAUUCGGGCUACACGACGGCGCUGGCCUGGAUCAGCAACACCCUGCCGCGGCCGCCCGCGAAGCGCGCCUCGGCGCUCGCAUUCAUCAACGCCGUGUCCAACUGCUCCAGCAUCUACGCGAGUUACCUGUACCCCAAGAGCGCCAGCCCGCAGUACAUGGCGGCGUUCAUCCACAACUGCGUCGCAUGCUUCAUCGCCAUCUGCGCGGCGACGGUGCUGAGGGUGGUUCUCAUGCGGCUGAACAAGAAGCUCGAGAGGGGUGAGCACGUCGAGGGGGCCAUCAACGCUGCGCCUGGGGAGGCUGCCACGCAUGGGUUCCGGUUCAAGGUUUGA